AUGUCCGGGACGGAAGGUGGUGCUUUCGGUGCUGGGAAAGCAGGAACCCCAUUUGACCUUUUAACGUUCAUUAAAAAACCACAAGUGAUAUUGCGAAUAGCAAGCACGGUAUGGGCUAUGGUUGUGUUUGGGUGUAUCUCGGCAGAAGGCUGGUAUGACGGUCAUUGUCAGAUGCGAGAUGACGCCAAUGCCUGUAACUAUGGUGUAGGAAUUGGAGUUUUAGCAUUCCUAAUUUGUAUUGGAUUUCUUGUGGUGGAUGCCCUGUUUGAAAACAUCAGCAGUGUGCAAUACAGAAAAUAUGUGGUUAUAGCUGAUAUGUGUGUAUCAGCAUUGUGGACAUUCCUGUGGUUUGUUGGCUUCUGCUACUUGACGGAUGCAUGGAAUCAUUCUCCUGACAACAGCGUCUAUCGUGCCCCUCACGGUCAUGGCCGCGAUCAUGUACAAGCAGCCAUAGCUUUUUCCUUCUUCUCCAUUAUAUCCUGGGGAGGCCUCACCUUCUUUGCUGUGAGGCGCUAUCGGGAAGGCUCGCAGGAAACGUUCACUCAAGGAUAUGAAACGGAACAAAAUGCAUCUUCUCCGUAUUCUUCAUUCCCUGGCAGUGAUACUGGAGACCCAUAUCAGCAGCCCCCAUUCAGUGGUCAGAAGGAGGCUCCCGACUUCCAGCCACCAACCUACUAGGGAAGAGCAUAUGAAUUGCCCCUUUUCAGUUGUGGGGGAACAAGAAUCAAAAGGAGGAUCCACCAGUGUUACCAUGGUCACUGUUAGAGAGUUGUAUUAGGCUGUUGUCAAGUGUAGGAUGAGGUUUGGAUAUGUAUAUGUAGCUGAGAUAUCAGAUCAUGGUAUGUCUGGGUCACUUGAAGGUCAUUUUGGCUUUAUCAACUACAAACUCAUUUAUAAAUAUUCAAUGCCUAUAUAUUUACUGUUGAAUAAGUAUUAAAGAAUUAGAUUCAGUUUUGGGUGGUUAAAAUUUGAAAUAUGAAGCUGGUGUGAUAUGUCACUGCUACUGACUGUUAAGGGCGUUGAAGAAAAAUUAAGGAAACAAUGCUUUCUGGAGUCCUGAUAGAUGGCUGAAUUUUAGUAAGUCUAGGUACUUAAUGGAACUAAGGAACUAGACUGUUGGAAGCCUGUUAAUGUUCUUUUUUAGCAGUCUUUCAGAUGCUGAUGGGGUCUGAUUAAAGGAAGAUUACUAAAUAUAUUUUGGCUAGCAAGUAACUGAAGGAGGUGAGGUGUGUGAUUAUUGAAGGAAUUGGUAUGUAAAAUUCUUUAAAAAGGAUUGACAUGGUUUGACAGCUGUUUGAGUUGGCCUCAGUGUGUUCAGCACCAGGAAUAACCGAUCUCACUGAUGAUAGAUUUUCCUUGAUGGGAAAAAGGCACAAAGAUAUGUAGGAAAUCCAUAUAUUGUACUAGUAUCAUCUUUGAUUCUCUUCUGUGUUGUGAUUAGCUAAGACUUGUCAAUACUAUAUAUUCAUCAAUUUGAUAGAUCUCUGGAGUUUGUAGCUUUACUUAAAAUGAAGUUUCUAUGCUAUUGUAUCAGGUGAAACAUGUCACAUGUUUAAUAUUCCUUAAAAUCAGAGAGGAUUUAUCCAGUGGAAGUAUUUAACCUUAUAAAUUGUUGUUUAAGCUGAGAAGACAUUGGUCUGAUUACUGUUAUAUAGUCAGAUUAUUACUAGAGCAAAUGUUAUACCCACCUGUAGAUAUAGGCAUAUUCACCAUGCUUAAAAGAUAUGUUGGUUAUAUUGUAAGUCAAGUAUUGAGCUAGCUUCAGUGACAGGACUGGCCUUUGAGAGCUAGCCUUGGUGAAAGGACUGGUCUCUGAGAGCUAGCCUGGUGACAGGACUAACCUCUGAGAGCUAGUCUUGGUGACAGGACUAACCUCGGAGAGCUAGCCUUGGUGACAAGACUGACCUCUGAGGGCUAGCCUUAGUGACAGGACUGACCUCUGAGAGCCAGUCUCAGUGAUGGGACUGACCUCUGAGAGCUAGCCUUGGUGACAGGACUGACCUCUAAGGGCUAGCCUUGGUGACAGGACUAACCUUGGAGAGCCAGCCUCAGUGAUGGGACUGACAUCUGCGGGCUAGUUUUAGUGAUAGGACUGACCUCUGAGAGCUAGCCUUGGCGACAGGACUGGCCUUUGAGUGCUAGCCUUGGUGACAGUAUUGGCCUUUGAGAGCUAGCCUUGGUGACAGGAAUGGUCUCUGAGAGCUGGCCUUGAUGACAGGACUAACCUCUGAGAGCCAGCCUCAGUGAUGGGACUGACCUCUGAGAGUUAGCCUUGGUGACAGGACUGACCUCUAAGGGCUAGCCUUGGUGACAGGACUAACCUCGGAGAGCCAGCCUCAGUGAUGGGACUGACAUCUGCGGGCUAGUUUUAGUGAUAGGACUGACCUCUGAGAGCUAGCCUUGGCGACAGGACUGGCCUUUGAGUGCUAGCCUUGGUGACAGGAAUGGUCUCUGAGAGCUGGCCUUGAUGACAGGACUAACCUCUGAGAGCCAGCCUCAGUGAUGGGACUGACCUCUUAGGGCUAGCCUUGGUGACAGGACUGGUCUCUGAGAGCCAGUCUCAGUGACAGGACUGACCUCUGGGAGCUAGCCUCAGGGACAUGACUGACCUCUGAGGGCUAGCCUUGGUGACAGGACUAACCUCGGGGAGCCAGCCUCAGUGAUGGAACUGACCUCGGAGAUUCAGCCUCAGUGAUGGGACUGACCUCUGAGGGCUGCUAGCCUUGGUGACAGGACUGGUCUCUGAGAGCUAGCCUUGGUGACAGAACUGACCUCUGAGAACCAGCCUCAGUGAUGGGACUGACCUCUGAGAGUUAAGUCCAGUGAUGGCACAGACCUCUAAAUGCUCAUCACUUCAGUAAUCGAUGAUGGGACUAACCUGUAGCUAGUGCUAGCUUCAGUGAUGGGACGGACCUCAAAGAGCUUUUGUUAGUGAUAUGACUUGCCUCAAACAUCUAGCCUCAGUGUCUGAGAGAUGUGACUUACCUCUAAGAGCUAUUCUCAAUGAUGUGAUUUGCCUCCAAGUGUUAGUGAUGGAAAUGACCUCCUUAAUUCCAAUUUUAAUGAGGGCUGUAGAAUGUGUGUGUAUGUACCGGUAAAGCAUUUCAAACCACCACCUUGUUCCCAGAAACACACGGUGAGGCUAGCUUGUUGAUUGGUAGGACUGUACCAGUUUUUAUUGUUUUUCAUGUGAUAUUCCUUUUUUUUCCGCAAUUUAUUUUAUUUGACAGUGAAUCAUUCCAUUUCUUCAAUGUAUUUAAUUUGUGCUAUGUAAAUAUAAAGAUAUUCCUAAUUGGGUGAGUGUAAGGGUAUGGCGUUGCUGUCUUCUGUAGAUUAGAAUGCUAUCAGUUUGAUUUCUUUUAUAGUAUUUUAAUGUUAAACUGUUAUAUACAUAUAUUUACAUUUUAUAUCAUAAUUUAUGUCCAUAUUUCAAAGUAGAUUUUUCAUUUUGUUAAGUUUGUGUAAAAACAUAUUUCUGUCAAAGAGUUGUCUAUUGUCUGCUCAUAAUAUUUAAUACUCUGAAAUAGCCACACUAAUUGGUAUACAAGACAUUAACAUUCUGGUUUGUAUGGGUCUUACCUUCACUGUUUGACUUUGAUAUUUAGAAAUCAUAUCUAUUGUAUCCUAGUUUGUGUGUAGAACAGAUAAUACUUUCAUUAAUGACUCUGUGAAUUCUGUAAGAAUUUCCAGUUCUGCUUUUUUGCAGUUUUACUUAUGUUACACCUUCUUUCUGUACUGAUCAUUCUGUACUUGACCAAUGUCACUUGUUUUGAGGUUGUUGUGUUGACAUUGAAGUCUGGUUCACUUACAGAUUUAGCUGUUGAUCAGCAUCGCCCGGUCUUGGUGUUAGUGUGCUUAUUCCAUAAUCAGUCAGUAACAUCAGUGUUACUGUCUGUGUACUUAUAACCAUGUAUGAGUGUUGGAUGAUGUGUGUUAGACUUGUGCCACUAUGCUGUCCCAUAAGCCAAAGUGUUUUUUUGUGAUCACUGAUGGAAGUGCUGCUUUUAUUCAUUGAUUUGUAGACGUAUUAUAUAAAUUGGACUUAAUAUGAUAUUGUUAAUGAAACUUCUUCAAAAAUACUUGGAGCAGAAUACAAUUUCAGACAUACAUUAUAAAGGCUGAGAUAUUUGUCUCACUAAAAUCUGUUAAAAUCUAUGUUCAGGGUCUGACUGUUAAGAACAUAAGACAUGGUCCUUAAAUAUGAAAUCCAGAAUAUGUUAUAUAUGAUUAUACUGGAAGAAAUUGACACCUUGAAAUCCAUACUACAUUGUAUAUGAAAAAAAACAACUGUUCCUUCAAAAAGAAAAUCUUGAGGACAAAGUUUUACUGAAAAAUCAUUAACAGCACUUUUUUUUAGAAGUUACUGUCAUUUUCAUUAAGGUUAACUUUGCAAUUACCUGUGGGAAUUUGGUGACAUACAUUGUUUACAUAUAGCAUGUAUUUAAUAUAUGUUGAAUUAUUGUUGACUUUUGUCAUUUGAUUGCUUAUUGCUUUUUCACAAUAUAUCUAUAACAUAUCUUUUCAGUAUUUUUUAUCCGAAAAAAGAUUUGUAAUGAUAAAGCAAAGAAGAAGUUUUUAUUAUGCUGUGCAGUGCAAUAUUACAUUGGUAAUUAUAAAGGGCUAACCAGCAGUGGAUCUUUAAGCUCUGUUCCUCUUGUCAGAUUAUCUCCCUUCAUGGCUUAUCUCUUUCUCUCAGAUUUGUUCUAAAAAAAACUGCUUAUUUGUUGGUUUCUAAAUUUCAUUUUUACAUUGGAAAUUGGAAACUCAGAUUUUGUGGUAAAACACAAGACAGUCAAUUAACCACUUUUUUGACAAAUGAGUAAGGAGAAGUUUUGAUGAGGACUGGAAUAUUGAUAAACAGUAUAUAGUUACAAUAAUCAAAAGCAUUGGGGAAAAAACAUUUCAGUUAAUAUAUCAACAGAAUUUCUUGGAAAAGGAAAGAAAAUGUAACUAUUGAAACAUGUUUUUGGCAUGGUAUGGAUUUUUAAAAUGUACACCAAAAUAGAUUUUAGUAAACCAUAUAAUUGUUGUUUUAUGAAGAAAUGUUACGGAAAUUAUCAGUUGUGAAUCUUACCAAAGUUUUCCUACAUACUGUAGUGAUCACAAGAAUGGAUAUGCCAAAAGGUUAUUGAUGUAGAUGUCUUAUUUGAUAGAUUAAGAAUUAAGGUAUAUAAUUGUUUGAUAAGGCAAAACUAGGGAUAUGCAUGUAAAAUCAUUGUAAUUCUUGUUUCAUGAUAUUUGUGUCUAAGAUGUAAAAGUUCCACUGAAUUCAUUACAACAUUGCUUCCAUAUUUCAGUGUUCUGUAGGUAAGAAAGAUCAUCACUUUGUCUAUGUAAUGCUGAAUCAGCACCCGUUCAGGUUAAAGUUUUCUGAUUCUUAAACAUAAUGUUACAGAUAAUGUUUUGAAGUAAGGCCAAUAAAACAAAACAGUCUGAAAAUUAACUUUGUGUAAAAUUUUCAUAUCAUAUAUCAUAAACUUGGAUUAUAAAUGCAAUUGACCAUGUGACUAUUUGCAAUUCAGUCUAUUGUGUAUGUUACACACCAGCUUACUUGUAAUACAAAUUGUAUAUCUGCACAUUUACUUCUAAUACAAGUUAUGUAUAUAAUGAAAUGACUUACGAUACAAGCUUUUACUAAGUUAUUGUUGUCUUGUGUUACAGCAGGUCUAUAUAUUCCAUGCUUACUUGAAUUAGGAGUUGUAUGUAUGAUAUGUUUACUUGUAUUACAAGUUUUAUGUGUCUACUUGUAUAACAAUUUGUGUGUAUGUUUACUGUCUUACAAGUAGUUCACUCCUAGUAUGUGUCACUAGUUGUUAACACUAUGCACAGAGAAUCCUAUAACUGUUGUUCUUCAUUACCAGCUAUUAUCAUAUCUUUGUAAUUAAUCCUUGUCUGUUAUACCAGUCACAAACAUUUAAAUACAUACAUUUUCUGCUUGUAUUAGGUGUGUUUACAACACACUACACACCUUGUCAGCUGUAACCACACACCUUGUCAGUUAUAACUGCACACCUUGUCAGUUACAACUACAGAGUUUUUCAGUUAUAACAAAACACCUUGCCAGUAAUAACUGCACACCUUGUCAGUUAUAAUUACACACCUUGUCAGUUAUAACUAUAACUGCACACCUUGUCAGUUAUAACCACACACCUUGUCAGUUAUAACUAUGACUGUACAUCUUGUCAGUUAUAACCGCAUACCUUGUCAGUUAUAACUACAGAGUUUGUCAGUUAUAACCGCACACCUUGUCCGUUAUAACUACACACCUUGUCAGUGAUAACUACACACCUUGUCAGUUAUAACCACACACCUUGUCAGUUAUAACCACACACCUUGUCAGGUAUAACUACACAUAAUGUCUGUUAUUAAAUCUUUGUGACUCUGUGUGUUAUAUUGUUAACUAGAAACACUAAGUGUUAUAUCCGGCUGGUAUAGAUGUGUAAUUAGAAGGAUUGUCUUACUACAAGCUGGAACAUUAUCUGUUAGUUUCAACAACUGUGUAUGUCUGUUCUAGUGUAGGUAUAAAUACGAUCUGUUGUUUGUACAGCAUAAUGGUUCUUGUCAACAUGUCUUGACAUGUAUGGUUGAAUAAAAGAUUUUCAAAUGAAUAA